CAUAUGACGGAAGGGGUGUGAAGUUUAGCGAUGUAAACUUUCUCGGUCGGCGCGCGCGCGGGGGGAGCUGAGCGGUGUGAUUGAAGCGCUGCGGCUGCUGCUGAACCCGAGCUCCUCAUCCACAGAGCCGCUCAUGCCGAGAGUCUAACCGCAGGGUGAUGGGCCUUCGGUUAGCGGGCUUUACAGGCGGAAUAUGGCGAGCAGCGGUCAAGCUGCGGACGGCGCUGCCCCGGCGGUGAGAGGGAAGCCGUGCUCGCGCAGUAAUGGGCCUGCGCGCGAGGGGAAGAGAGCGAACGGCGCGCUCGAGCGGCAGGUCAGAGAGUCCAGUGUGGCGCCGGUGAGCUGCGGCGCGUGGCCCUGCGCCAACAUCCAGCUGCCCGGUGUGAUGGACUGUGAGGGGAGAGUGGACGAGUCCAGACUGAGGAUGUACAUCUUUAAACAUGGUGGUGUGUCACCAGCAGAACGGGGGCCCGUGUGGCGCUUCUUGUUUGGGAUGUACCCCAGCAGUUCCACAGCUCUGGAGCGUCCCCUGUUGCUGGAUCAAAUGACUGUCCGAUAUCAGGUCAUGAAGAGGAAAUGGCAGCAGCUGCUUCCUGGAGCCGUUCGUCUACGUCUCAAUGGCACCGAUGCUGAGCUGGUAGCAGCAGUGCAGUAUUUUGAGCAGAGGCAGCAGCGAGAGCAAGAGCAACAGCAGUACCAGGCAGAAGAGGUCAGGGAAAGGAUGUCCUUUCUGGAGCUUCAGGCUCAGGUCCUGUUUGAACGGGUCACUUUUGACCUGGAAGAGCUUCAAGAAGCCAUACGCAUCAUUGACAAAGAUGUCCCUAGAACUGACAGAGACCUGGCCUACUAUAUGAACGAAGGCCUGGGUAACCUGCUGGUGCUUAGAGACAUUCUCAUCACUUAUGCUGCUUUCCACCCAGAGGUUAGUUAUGCACAGGGUAUGAAUGACCUGUGCAGUCGGUUCCUGGAGGUUCUGGACUCAGAAGUGGACACAUACUGGAGCUUUUCCUGUUACAUGGAGAAGUUCUCUAAAGACUUCCGUGCUGAUGGCCUGCACCGCAAGAUUGAAAUAGAGGCAGCUCUGCUGAAAGAGUUGGACCCCCAGCUUCAUGCUCAUCUAGUAACAGACAAUAUGGACAGACUGACAUUCUGUCACAGGUGGCUGCUGCUGGGUUUCCAGCGCGAGUUUGAGCACAGUGAUGCACUCCGGCUGUUUGAAAUUCUCAGCUGCGAUCAUUUGGAGCUCAUCUCUCAGGAGGUGGACCGGGCGCGCUACCAGGAGAGACUGGCCUGCAAGCAUAGCCUUGAGGAUGAGCCAGUGACAGAACCUCAGGCCAUUAACACAGAGUUCACAUUUGAACUCUUCAUCUGUGCCACCAUUUUGCUGGAAAACAGAGAUGCACUGCUCAGCUGCAGAAACGAGGUCCAGCUCAUCCAGUUCACAAACAGUUUACAGGGUACACUGGAUUUGAACAGCAGCCUGGAGAAAGCUGAGGAGCAUUUCUACAACUACUGCAAACGCACGGCAUGGGACUGUCGGAAGAGCAAGAGAAAAGAGGAGCACUUUCUCUACCAGCUCCGCAACCUUUUCUCCUGAGCAGAAACAUUUCAUCUCCUACUCUAGGUUUCUGUAAUAACAGAAGACAGAAAGGCUGCGCCGUGUCCCAUGUUUGGACUUCUGGACCUUACUAAAGACAGAAGGAAUGGUAAAAGGGCCUUAAACUGAAUGAUGCUGCUUAACCACUCGAUUGGUUCCAGAGGAUGUGAUCAGCUCUAAAUCUCCUUUAACAUAAGGGAGAUUCACUUGAGCUUCUCCUUUGCCCUUUUUUCCCUUUUUCUUGUUGUUUACAUUUAAUAUCUUUUAAUUUAAUACAGUGCCCUGCACAUUUUUCCAGCACAUCUGGCACAGCAUAUCAACAGAUUUAUAAUGAUCUGAUUGGAUGAGCUGUGUUGGAUUAAGAGAAACACAACAAACUGCAAACACUGGUGCUCAGUGUUAUAAUCUCUUAGUCAAAACUCUAAGGGCUUGAUUUGCACAAUGUAAACAUGAGGCAUGUGCAAAGGUAUUUUGGUCUAUUUGGCAAAUAAGUAAUAGGUAAAGGUGUUUUUAAGAUGCAUAUGCAAACAUUGUAUUUUAAAAAUAAAUGUCUUAUUAAAGAAUUCACAAUGUCAGGUUGUCAGUGAAAGUGAACUGACAUUUAAAUACCUUAUUUGUAUUAGACAAUUUUGUGUUUGAUAAUUAAUUAGUUUUUUUGUGUUGUUUUAGAUGCUAUUUAAAGAUUUAUCUGGUCAGUUUUAGACGAGUGAUUAGGGCAUAUGGCCUAGUACUCAUAUCUCAAAGGGGGACUCUGGCCAGAUGCUGUAUCUGGAAGGUGGGAUUUGGGGCAGUUACCGGAGGGCAUUUGAAUUUUUUCCUAGCUGGUUAAUGCAGACAAAAAACAGAUAGCUAGCAGUUGGGGUUUCUUUAAUGCCACUGUUGGCUGAAAACUUGGACAAAAAGGAUUAUGAUAAGAUUCUGUCAGAUCAAUGAGGCUGAGGAACACAAUGCUGAAUACAGAAUACAGCAUAACAUGACAAAUAUCAUUAAAUGCUAUGUGUGUGUUUUCUUUCACAUACUUUUACUUCUUUACUGUAAAGCUUAAAGAAACACUCUGGUCAAAAUACACUGCAGUUUUCACACUAAUAACACAUUUUUGUAAUAAAGACUGACAGAAAAUCUCUUUCAGGUCCAAAUUGUAUAUCAUUUGAAUUUACCAAUUUAAUGUAGUGCCACCACUGAAAAUCCUGAAGGGUUUUUGUGGCUGGUUUAGUUAGUGGCUCAAAAAGUAAUGUUGGUUGCUCUCUGAGUAAGAUUAGAUCUUUGUGAUAAUAGAAACCCACAUAUACUCCAUGUUUAUACUGUCAAUUCUCAGAAGGCCUUAGUGUAAGGUUACCAGAGUACUGAACCUUCUAGAAGAGUCUGUGCAGUGGAUCCCAAUUGAUAACUGGCAGUGCUCAAGUAUCAGAGGGUCAGAAAUAGCCUGGGCAGUGGACGUCCCUUUGAAAUUCCCUGCGCUCUGGAAGGAGCGUGAAAGUCAAAGGGCUGUGCAGAGUUAGAAUAUUGAAGAUUUAGUUGUGCUUUAAAAAGACAGGCACUUAUUUGAAAAUCAGUAGUUUAUUUGCUUAAAAUUUUGUCCUGAGAAUUGGGGAUGUUUAUGUGGGGGACUUGCCCAUGAUCCAUGACCAUGAUGAUUUUUCCUCAAAAUCUGCCUACAGUGCAUGAACAAAGUGUGCUUUGUGUCUGUGUGUGGGGGUUUGGUUGUUGAGAGGGAAAGGGGAUGUCGUUUGGGUUUUAUUUUAAGACUACUGUGUGACAUUUAAGCAGUCUUUGCAGUAUGACUCCCUGAAUGAAGAAUAGAGCUGAUAGUGCAGGCGGCUUUGAUUUUGCUACAUUAAAACGGAGGAGAGAUCCUUAUUGAUUAAACUGGG